AUGAGUAAUACCUAUAUCUACCCUGAUUCUGAUGAUGCUCCUGGAGAACAUGGAUAUUGGUACGACAAUGCUGACCGAAGGUGUAAAUUCACCGAAUUACACUGUAAAGGUGAAGCACCAGGAGAACCUGUUAUUGAAUAUGAGAAAGAUGAAGUGAAUAUGGGGAACACUCUCAAGCUGUGUUGUACAGUAGUCGGAGGUAUACCUAAACCAACGAUAGGCUGGAACAGGCAGGACAAGGCUUUGCAAACCAAGGAAGGCUGGACACGUCUUCAUAAUAAAGUUGUGUUCAAUGGAAACACGUUCCUGACGUUAUCAUCUGAUGACAACAACGUUAGGUUCAGCUGUGUCGUUAACUACAAAGGAAACGAUAGUUACUAUGAAAGAGGCGUCACUUUGAACGUAUUAUAUCCACCUAUCAUGACAGUACCAAACUAUGUAGAAGUCAACGAAAAAGAUGACGUCAUCCUUGAGUGUCACGUGACUUCAAAUCCUCCACCAACUAUUAGAUGGAUAUGGCCAGCAAAGAGGGAAAUGCCAAUUGGAACGACCUUGAACUUGAACAAUGUUUAUCGUACAGCUAUUGGCAGCUACACGUGCCGAGCUGAGAACGUAUUCCGCAAACAGAAAAAAAUAGAAGAGAAAACGACCAUGUUAUACAUAAAUGCUCCCCCGAAGAUGUGUCUUUAUCAGCAUGAAUUCACAGCAAAGAAUGACACCUUGGAGAUGAUAUGUUCAGCUACCGGAGUACCGACGCCAAAGCUCACCUGGUUUAGUGAUUCCAAACUGAUCAACAUAACAAAUUCUACAAACCACAUCAUUGAGUCUGUAGUUGCCCCUGACAACCCAUACCUGGUCCGCAGCAUGUUGACAGUUUCUGGCGUUGGAGACGGGGAUUUGUUAGGAUAUAGAUGUAGUGUGACUAAUGACAAUGGUGUGACGCAGAAAACUUUCAGAAUACAUCGGAAACUAAAAUGCAGAUGCCUGUCAAGACUUCUAAAAAACUGCGUACCGUUGGAGUUUGAACCGGAACAUUUAGCAGCAAGCGUGAUCCAGGCAAAAGAAAAACUAUCGGUGAAAAAAGAUGAACUGACAUCAAAUAAAAGAAAAUUGAUUUCUUCCAAUGAUAACCGCUCGUCGGCAUCAGCGAUCGGCCUACUCGGAGUCGGUAUCCUGGUUACGCUUGUUGUCGUGUUAAUUGGCUUUGAUUUAAUUGGAUACUUCGUCAUCAAACCACAUUUGAAACACAGUUCUAAAACCAAAAAGAGGAAACAAACAAAUUCCAGAACAAGUAUUGAGGCGUUGUUGUCAUCAAAUCGCAGCCGAUGUCAGACCGAUGGGGACAUACAGCUGACCGAUAUCAACGAUAUUGACCAACAGUUGUCCAGAUCUGACCAGCAGAACCAGACAUCCACAGUUUCUAAAAAUCCUAAAACAACCACUGCAGUUGUACAUGUACGCAACAAUCCCACGAUACACAAUGGCCAGUAACAGCAAUCAGUACGCCUCCGUAUACAAGAAACACUUUGUCAGAUAUUGUUGAAAGUAAUCAUAUUUGGCAUCUUAUAUUUUUUAAGAAUUAAUACACUAAACGAUUACUUUACUUCAAUAGCAACAUCCUCCUCUAAUCUUGACCCACUGCAACCUACUGUAAAUAACUAUUCUUUUUUUUAAUUAGAAAGUAUUGACAUAUCUGAACAAGAUAUAAUCGACCAAGAUAAACUACUAAAUGAUAAUAAACCAGUGGGGCCUGAUGGAAUUAUUCCCAAAGUAAUUAAAAAACUAACACCCUCAAUAUCAUAUCCACUAACAUUACUAUCUAACAAAAUGAUGGAACUUGGAAAUAUCUCUGCAUCAUCGAAACUUGCUAAUGUUAAUGCUAUAUAUAAGGGUAAGGACUCCCAAAAUAAUGUCAGUAAUUAUAGGCCAAGCCCAACUACAUCUUGUUUCAGUAAAAUUAUUGAAAAAAUGUAUCUUUAAUGUACCUGUAUAACUACCUUGUAGCAGCUGAAACUAUUUCGGAGCACCAGUCAGGCUUCCUGCCUGGUGACUCAACUGUGAAUCAAUUAUUAUCUAUGUAUCACACUAUUAUAAAUAAUUUAGAUAUAGGUAGAGAAGUUAGAUUUGUCUUCUGUGAUGUAAGUAAAGCUUUUUAUAUAAAUUAGAAAAUUAUGGAAUUAAAGGAAAAUUACUGGCAUGGUUUAAGAAAUACUUGUCCGAGAAAAAACAAAGGGUUAUUACAGAAGGACAUCAGUCAAUUUUUAAAUGUAUCAGUGCAGGCGUGCCUCAGGGAUCUGCUCUUGGUCUAUUUAUCUUCCUUCUCUAUUCAAAUGUCAUCACUAAUAUAGUUACAGUGUACUAGUAACAUUAAACUUUUUGCAGAUGAUACCUCCCUCUUCUAUUAUUGUUGACGAUAGUCCCAUUUAAGAAGCACAAAAUCUCUUUAAUGACUUGCAGAAUAUAUGUUCUUGGGAAUAAUCUUUGGAUAUAAAAUUUAACGCAUCCAAAACUAAAACUAUGAUCUUCACACGGAAAAACCUUCUUCUCAAAUCAACCAUUAACCGACAGUACUAUCCAUAAACAUGUAGGUCUUACUUUUAAUGAAGAUGGUAAAUGGGGUCAACAUAUCCAAAAUAUUUAUGAUACAGCAAUUAAUCUUGAUAGAAAUACACUUAACACUAUGUUUAUAUCCUAUAUGAGACCAAUCUUAGAAUAUGCUAAUGUAGUUUGGGAUAAUUGCACUGAACAAUCAAAAUUAUUAUUAGAAUCAGUCCAACUAGAUGCUGCUAGAGUAGUGACAGGGCUUCGUAGAGGUACAUCACACCAUUAAUUGUACAAAGAAUUAGGAUGGGAAACCUUAGCUGGUAGGAAGGAAAAAAUAUAAUUUUAAUGUAUAAAAUAUGUCAUAAUACAUCACCAAAGUACCUUAAUGAUAUAGUUGAUCCUUUUUUAAAUGAUUUAAAAAUACGUGAGGUAUCAGCUAACACUAAAAUAGCGUUUUCAACCCGGUAUGUAGAACUGAGAGCUACUUUAAUAGUGUUUUUCCCUCAACCUUUCGACUUUACAAUCAGUUAGACCCAGAUAUUUUAAAUGCUCAAAUUCUUCCCCAGUUUAUAAAACUGAUUAACAUAACUAAUAGUAUACCAGCUAAUGAUACUCAGACAGUGGUAAAAAACACUCUGGUGAAAGAAAAAUCAAUAUUAUACUAUGUCAAAUUAGAAAUAAUGCUAGCAACUUAAACUUUGAUCUCUUUAAUGACCAUCUAUUAUAAUCUGCUUCAUGUGUGUGUGGUAAUAUACAGGAAACAAGUUAUCAUUAAUUCUUUGACUGUGCCAAAUACAACAAUCACAGACAAGUACUCUCUGCUACUCUACUCAAUGAUAAUCACUCGCACUAUACUCUACAUACUUUAUUAAAUGGUUGUAACCAUUGUGACAAUGAAACCAAUACAAAUUUCAUAGAGAGUGUCUCAACCUUUAUCGUGAAAUAAAAAAUAUUUAUAUAACUAGAAUUAUCUAUAUCAACUUAUAGUAUCAUGCUUAUGGUUAUCAAUAUCAUGAAACACUUACUAUAAAUACAGUGUGAACAUGAUAUACUCAUCCCGUAAAUCAACAUAUCCUAGAGACUGUCUCAACCUUUAUUGUGAACUCAAAAAGUUUUAUAUAACUAGAAUUAUCUAUAUCAACUUAUAUUAUCAUGCUUAUGGUUAUCAAUAUCAUUAGGCAUUUACUAUGAACACAGUGUGAAUAUGAUAUACUCACCCCGUAAAUCAACAUGGACUUGCAUUUUGUAAUUAAUAACAAGUAGUUGUAUAAUUAUAUUCUUAACGUAUUAUACUGUGAAUAUUAAUAUACAAUACAAUAUCGACAUAGCUUAUUCAUAAUAUUCAAUGCAUAUAAGCCUUAUAUUCAACAAUCGAUGAGUCACUCUGUGUGGAUUUUGAAGAGAGAUGGCUAAUAUUCACUCAUAACUCUGAUGAGGUCAAGAAUAGCACAGCUUGACUUGUAACUUUCAUAAGCAGUUUGAGUUAUCUCCCUUUUACAAUAUGACUUGCACAUUGUUAUUUGUUUUGUAUAUAAGUUGUGUCUUUUUUCAAUUUUUCAUUUUACUAUAAAUGAUAAUAUAUUUAUAUGCUGAUUUAUACAAAUGCAUGCAGGAGAGAACUGAUAUAGGCAUGGCCUGUUGUUCGAUCCAAUUAAAACA